UGGGUACCAUAGAGUGAGACUGAGAACAGGAAGCGGAGGCAGAAUCAGAGAGGAUUCUGGAAAGGUCUCUGUGUUUUCCUUUCCACUGAGAAUACAGAAAUUAUAAUUAAUUAGUAAAGCUUUGUGGAUGGAAAUCUGGACUAUUUCAGGAGGAGACAUAUAUUAUCAUAUUAUUUUUGGAUGCUGGGCUUUGCAGUGAUUUGUCAUUCUCUUUCAAUCAGGUCAUUCUUAUGCAAGAGGCUAAAAGUAAUUAAAUUUGCAGGAUGAAAACAUGGCACAGGCACUGCUGGUACCACCAGGACCUGAAAGCUUCCGCUAUUUUACUAGAGAUUCUCUCGCAGCUAUUGAAAAGCGUUCUGCAGAAGAAAAAGCUAAAAAGCCCAAGCAAGAACAUACAGAUGAUGAUGAUGAAAAUGGUCCAAAACCAAACAGUGACUUGGAGGCAGGAAAGACACUGCCAUUUAUUUAUGGUGACAUACCUCCAGGAAUGGUAUCUGAACCUUUGGAAGACCUGGACCCAUAUUAUAUCAAUCAAAAAACUUUCAUAGUAUUGAAUAAGGGAAAGGCAAUUUUCCGAUUCAGUGCCACAUCUGCCUUGUACAUUUUAACUCCUUUUAAUCCCAUCAGAAAAAUUGCUAUCAAGAUUUUGGUACAUUCAUUAUUCAGCAUGCUUAUCAUGUGCACUAUUUUGACCAACUGUGUAUUUAUGACCAUGAGUAACCCUCCAGACUGGACAAAGAAUGUAGAGUAA